UCUUACCCCGGCCGGGAGAAGGAAGCGGCCGGCCGAGGAGAGCAAUUUCCCGGCGUGCGCCGCGUCACUCCCCCUCCCCUCUCCGCCCGUCCGCGGGUGGGUGGGCUGACGGCGCGGCGGCUGUAAUGGCGGCUGGCGGCGGCUCGGCGCUGCUCUGACACCCGGAUACUGCUCGGCGCAGCCCUCCCUUCCUCCUCGCGCCCGGCCCGCCCCCCUCCUCCCCGCCCCAGCCAGCUCCGCUCACCCCCUCCCUGGCCCCUGCUCCAGGCCCCCGCCGCGGGACGAGGAGGAGGGCUCCCCGCAGACAAUGGACGAGCACCCCGGAGCCGGAGGAGGUGGUGGGAUGGCGGCGGCCCCAAGACCGCAGCAGCCAGCGCCGCAGGCGGGUGGGAACAUGAACCUGCAGUCGAGCGGGGGCUGCAUGGGGGUCGGAGCCGGUGGAGGAGGGCAACAGCAGCAGCCUCAGGGCCCCGCAGCCCCGGCUGGUCAGGAGGCGCCGGGCCCCGCCGAGCUGUCCCGGCCCCAGCACUACACCAUCCCAGGGAUCCUGCACUACAUCCAGCAUGAGUGGGCUCGCUUCGAGAUGGAAAGGGCGCACUGGGAGGUGGAGAGGGCCGAGCUGCAGGCUCGGAUAGCAUUUUUACAAGGGGAAAGAAAGGGUCAAGAAAAUUUGAAGAAGGAUUUAGUGAGAAGAAUAAAAAUGUUAGAAUAUGCAUUAAAGCAAGAAAGGGCAAAAUAUCAUAAAUUAAAAUAUGGCACAGAAUUGAAUCAAGGUGACUUGAAAAUGCCAACUUUUGAAUCAGAAGAAACCAAAGAUACAGAGGUUCCUGCAGUACCUCAGAACAGCCAAUUGACCUGGAAGCAAGGCAGACAGUUACUGAGACAGUAUCUUCAGGAAGUAGGUUAUACAGACACAAUAUUGGAUGUACGCUCCCAACGGGUAAGGUCUUUACUUGGGCUCUCCAAUUCAGAACCAAAUGGUUCAGUAGAGACAAAGAACUUAGAACAGAUCCUCAAUGGGGGUGAAUCUCCUUCAUCAAAACAAAAAGGACAGGAAAUCAAAAGGAAUUCGGGUGAUGUUCUUGAAACGUUUAACUUCUUAGAAAAUGCAGAUGAUAGUGAUGAAGAAGAGGAGAGUGACAUGAUAGAAGAUAUUGCAGAAGGAAAAGAAAAGCACCGGAUAAAUAAGAAACAUAAAAUUGGUAAUGAAGGUUUAGCUGCUGACCUUACAGAUGACCCUGAUACUGAAGAAGCUUUGAAAGAAUUUGAUUUUUUAGUGACAGCUGAAGAUGGUGAGGGAGCUGGAGAAGCUCGAAGUUCAGGAGAUGGAACAGAGUGGGGAGUCAACAGGACAAAACUCCACGACAUGAUAGCUGAUCUGGGCGAUGAUGAGAUACCCCACAUCCCUUCAGGAAUCAUUAAUCAAUCUAGGUCACCCUCUUCUAGAAUGACUGAUCAUGAAGGUGCAAGAGCAGAGGAAGCUGAGCCAAUAACGUUUCCACCUGGAGGAGGCAAGUCAUUUAUUAUGGGUUCUGAUGAUGUGUUAUUAAAUGUACUGGGCCUUGGAGACCUUGCAGACUUGACAGUAACAAAUGAUGCAGACUAUAGUUAUGAUCUGCCAGCUAAUAAAGAUGCCUUCCGAAAGACAUGGAACCCUAAGUAUACGCUACGCAGUCAUUUUGAUGGAGUGCGGGCAUUAGCUUUUCAUCCUGUAGAGCCUGUGCUGGUUACAGCCUCUGAGGACCAUACUCUAAAACUUUGGAAUUUGCAGAAAACAGUUCCUGCCAAAAAGAGUGCCUCUUUAGAUGUAGAACCCAUCUACACAUUUAGGGCCCACAUUGGACCUGUAUUGUCACUGGCAAUUAGUUCCAAUGGAGAACAGUGUUUCAGUGGUGGUAUUGAUGCAACCAUCCAAUGGUGGAACAUGCCUAGCCCUAACGUGGAUCCAUAUGAUACCUAUGAGCCAAACGUUCUAGCUGGCACAUUAAUUGCUCACACAGAUGCAGUCUGGGGUCUUGCUUACAGUGGAGUGAAGAAUCACUUACUGUCUUGUUCGGCAGAUGGCACUAUUAGAUUAUGGAACCCACCAGAAAAAAUCCCCUGUAUUUGCACUUACAAUGGAGAGAAAGAACAUGGAAUACCUACAUCAGUUGACUUUAUAGGUUGUGACCCUGCUCAUAUGGUGACAUCUUUUAACACUGGCAGUACAGUCAUCUAUGAUUUAGAAACAUCCCAGUCAGUGGUAAUGCUUUCAUCACAAAUAGAAUCUGGUGUACAAUCAAAUAAUCAUAUUAACAAGGUAGUAAGUCAUCCCACACUUCCUGUAACUAUUACAGCACAUGAAGACAGACACAUCAAAUUUUUUGACAACAAAACGGGUAAAAUGAUCCAUUCUAUGGUUGCUCACUUGGAUGCUGUCACAAGUCUAGCUGUAGAUCCUAAUGGAAUCUAUUUAAUGUCUGGAAGCCAUGAUUGUUCCAUUAGGUUAUGGAAUUUGGACAGCAAGACGUGUGUGCAAGAAAUAACAGCCCAUAGGAAAAAGCUGGAUGAAUCAAUUUAUGAUGUAGCAUUUCAUCCAUCAAAAGCAUAUAUUGCCAGUGCAGGAGCUGAUGCCCUUGCCAAAGUAUUUGUGUGACAUAGCAGAACAAACCUGCAUCAUAACAGCAGCUCAGCUAAGUCCUUGCAUAAGGAUGCUAAUUCAUCAUCAUCGCAAAACUGUCUUCAUAAAUAAAGGACUGUAAAAUGUGUUCAGAUGAAACACAGAGGGAUUAACACCCCCAGAUGAACUCUUUAAAAAAAAAAUAAUCUUGGCAUCCUAUCACUAUGUGAUAUUUUGUACAUCUUACUGUAUUUACGAGUUUAUUUAUCAAGGAUUACCCAUCUUGCUAAUGGCCUAUUGUUAUUUAUUUCACUUUUUGUUGGUCUUUAUAUCCUUUUAUGUAGUGUGUUAAAGGGCCCUGUAUAUCUAUUAUGGCACUCUUUGAACAGUCUAAAGUAGAUGAGAAAAUGGGACAUUCGGUAAUUCUAAAGUUUUGCAAACCAAGAAAUUCUAGAGUGGAAUUGAUUCCAGAAAACAGUCUUCUUUCAGAACUUUUGGAGUGAAAAUUAUUUUUAUUUGCGUUUCAAAUAGAAUACAAAAGUAGUUAAUUCAAGAUUCAUAAAUCUGCUGUGUUUUGACUAGUUAUUCCCUGCUUUUAUUUUAUUUUCAGAUGUGCUUCAGUUUAUGGUGUAACUAAAGAUUUUGUUUGUGUAAUGCAUGAUUAAUACAAUAAAGUAUUUUUUCUAGUCUUCCACAAAACUUUUCUGAUCAGUUUGCAAGUUUUGAUGAGUUUUGUAAGGUUUCUGUUUUACAAACUAUGAAUCAGCAAAUUUUUAAGAUUGUACCACAUAGCAAAAGUACAGCUGUUGAAAAAUAAUGUAUAUAAAAUGCAUAUAAUAAAUAUUAAAUGGUGUACCUGUAUGUUACUGUUGACUAUAUUAUUUUGUGUUUCACAGUUUGAAAAUGUCAUUAUACAAAUUAAUAAAUUAGAUCUAAAGUUUAGCAAAAUGACCAUUUGUUUAUUAUGCUUAUAAGCUGCUUUGCUUUUGGAAAAUUGUAAUAGUUGUCUGGAUGUCAAGCAACCGUUCAGUUUCAAGCAGCAGUACUCACAUAUAAGAACAUGUUUCCACAAUGUUUUAAAAGAUACAAGAACAAAUUGGAAAUUGCUACUGUAUUCUUGAAGCCUUUUUAAGAAGGUAAUCACACUCUUUUAUCACUAUCUCUGUAUAUAUAUGAAAUUAUUUAGGAGCCAGAAAGGUACUCUGAUUUUAUUUCUAACUGCCACUGAUUGUGCUGAAUUAAAAAAAAAUCUAAAUGUUUAAAACUUACUCAUAUAGCUAAUGUUAUCCAUUAACCUUUGUCUGUUUCUUUAUCUGCCCUCCACUCAAGAUGACGCACAAAAGGGCAGCCUUUUUGGAAAAGGCUAAGCUGCAGGUCAACGUUUAUCUGCUCUGUGAUGAGUUACUUUCCUGGAAGUGAAUUGGCAGAAACAGAAUACCACAAUAUGACACUUAGUUUUUCAUAUGAAAUUAGUAUGUUUACGUGUAAAUGACCUUAAGCUGGAACAUGUUCCUGUAAGUGGUUGUAACUGCAUUGUUCCAUGUAAGUUUCCAGUUCUGCACUGAGAAUGUGUCUCACGCCAUCUCAUGUCAAGCAAAUUAGAUUUUUUUAAAAGAAAAAGGAAAAAAGGUGCUCAUGGUAGGCAGAACACUACAGUUAUAUUCUGAAAUUAAUUUUGUUUUAGUAAUAAUGUUACAUUGUUUGAAAUGUUACAGUAAAUUAUAAUUGUAUAGAAAUGGGAUAAUUUUGUCCUUUAUCAUGAAGAUUGAGGUCAGACCUUUCAGUAAGUGCUUGUAGGACACUAAGACUUUACUUUUGAAAGUGACGUUCAGCUGAUGUGCACUUUUUGUUCCUUCCAGUCUAAAGCAUUCAACUAAUCAACAGACAAGAGACUAUUUGAAUUUUAUUUGAAGUAAUUUCAUAAUCGCUUUUUCUGAAACCAAACAUUGUUUCUGGCAGCUUUUCCAGACUGCUGCGUUUUAAUGCUUAAAUGAAAUGUGAUUGUUUAAUAAACUG